AUGAGAAACGACUAUGCAGAUUUAAAGAAAGAAGCAGAAAAGCCAGCAGAAGAUAAAAUGGACAUGUUAGAAUUUCUGAACAAAAACUAUCCAACAGCAGAAGAUUUCCUUCUGUCUGACGUCAAGAAGAAAUAUAAAGAAACUUUCGGCAUAGUUAAAACAUUCGAUAUCCUCAGCGAAGAAAUAGAAGCUACAAAACUGUUUAGAGUCUCACGAAUUCAUAACGUUUACCAUGUAAAACGCUUAUAA